CCAGCGCCGCCCUCAGCAGACGCCACGGCUCCAGUUCCGUCCUCCAGCACGAGCGCGACGACUGCUACCACCACCCAGGAGCAAGUGCAGGCGUCCAACGCGCCGUACAUCGCCCAUGCAACGCCCGCCGCAACGAUGAAAAUGGCGUCGACGCUGCCGCCCAUUGCAGUGUCGCAGCCGCUGGGCAACAUCGGCCAGAUCCAGUCGCACCUUCCCGGAGGCAGCAACAUCCCCGUGAACCCGAACGCCCCCCAGGGAAUCUACCAGAGCGGGCCCAACACCAAUUCGAACCUUCCCUACGUGACGGUCAUGGCCAUGGCCCCUGGUGGAGUGUCGGGGGACGCAGAGGCCGACAACAUGCGCUUCGCGUUCCUGCAGAAGUGUCGGUGGAUGGCCGGCUGCUUGAUGGCGUACUACGCGGCGACGUUCCUGUUCCUGCAGCCGUUCAUCCUGGGCACGCUGGGUCUUAUGACUGCCUUCAUAGGCUACUACGGCUCGCGCCCGCCUGUGGACUCGCAGCGGCUUAAAUGGCUUCGCUGGUACAUUUGGUGCAACUACGCGAUGUUGGUCUUCAACAUGUGGCUACUGGUGAUGACGCUCGUCUUCUCGGGAAGCACGUACAGCUACGGGAACAACAGCACCGCUGGCAGCGACGGCGACAGCAUCGACGACAGCGAGUACGGGGAGUCCACCUACUACUACUCGAGCAGCGUCGGGCUCUUCGUUGGACUGCUGGUCGCCGCCAACACCAUCAUGCACCUGCGCUGCCUCCGCACGGCGCAGCUGCUGUUGCCCGAAUAUCCUCCGCGUGGCAGCAUGUACUCGGUCUGGACGCGCGCGAACGCCGUGUUCUUCACGUCGCUGAUGGCGCUGGCCAUCAUGUGCACGCUCACGGCCAUCAGCACGUUCCUGCACGAGCCGGCGCCGGUCGUGCGGCGCCUGGAGCUGACCAAGAUCCACUCGCUGCGCAACUACCGGGACAAGGCGGACCGCGCCACGCUCUCGUUCGACCUGGACGCCGACCUGAGCUCCGUGUUCAACUGGAACGUCAAGCAGCUCUUCGUGUACGUGAUGGCUGAGUUCGAGAGCGCCAGCAACUCGCGCAACCAGGUGGUGAUCUGGGACAAGAUCGUGCAGACCAAGGAGGCCGCCAGCCUGCUGCAGUUCGAGGACGAGGGCGUCAAGUACUUCCUGGCCGACCAGCACGACGAGCUGCGCGGCGCCAACGUGACGCUCAGCCUCGAGUGGGACAUCAUGCCCGUGUGCGGCCGCCUCUUCGUGCACUCGAGCGACAACAAGGCCAACUUCCUGCUGCCGGAAAAGUACCAGGGCAAGGCGCCCAAAGGCGGCGGCCGCUUC